AUGGCCCCCGCCAACCUUCCCUCGGUCUUCAAUGCGACCUCCCAGGACAUUGAGAUGCUCCUGGCGUCUCAGGCUCACAUCGGCAGCAAAAACAUGCAGGUGCACAUGACCCCUUACCUGUGGAAGACUCGCGCCGACGGUGUCAAUGUCAUCAACGUUGGCAAGACCUGGGAGAAGAUUGUUCUCGCAGCUCGCAUCAUUACCGCCAUUGACAACCCCUCCGAUGUCUGCGUUAUCUCUGCCCGUCCCUACGGUCAGCGGGCCGUCCUGAAGUUCGCCGCCCACACCGGUGCCCAGGCCAUUGCCGGUCGUUUCACCCCCGGUUCAUUCACCAACUACAUCACCCGUUCCUUCAAGGAGCCUCGCCUGAUUGUCGUCACCGACCCGCGCACCGACGCCCAGGCCAUCAAGGAGGCCAGCUACGUCAACAUCCCCGUCAUCGCUCUCUGCGACACCGACUCCCCCACCGAGUUCGUCGACGUUGCCAUCCCCACCAACAACAAGGGUCGCCACGCCAUUGGUACCAUCUGGUGGAUGCUUGCCCGUGAGGUCCUGCGCCUGCGCGGCACCAUCAUCAACCGUGAGGCUCCUUGGGACGUCAUGGUCGAUCUCUACUUCUACCGCGACCCUGAGGCCGAGGCUGAGGAGAAGGUCGAGGAGGAGAAGCUCCCUGGUGUCGAUGAGGAGGGUGUCCAGGCCAUCGAGAGCGGCUUCGCUACCGCGGGUGGUGACUGGGAGGCCGCUCCGGCAGGCUUUGCUGGUGCCGCCACUGGUACCGCCGGCUGGGACGAGGCUGCCCCCGCCGCCGGCCAGAACUGGGAUGCUACCACUCAGGGCGCUCAGUGGGGUGAUGAGGCUGCUGCUGCCCCUGCUCCCAAGGAGUCUUCCUGGUAG